GCCCGCCCCGCCGCCAACGGCAGCGGCUCUGCGGCCUCCGAUAGCGCCGGUGCGUCCGGUGCCGGCCUGAGGAGAUAAAGGAGGCGGGGCGACGCUGGUUUUCACCAUGAAUUUCGAAGGGCUCGACCCCUCCCUGGCCGAAUAUGCUCCCCCCUUGCACCCAGCGUUGGACCCCGUCCUGGACCCCCACCACCUCAACCCCAACCUGCUGCAGAACGUGGAGCUGGAUGCCGAGGGGGUGCCCAUGGAAGGGAUGGCGGUGCCCGAGUCGGUGCAUCUCAUGGAAGGCAUCUACAGCGAGCUCCACACCGCCGUCUCCGAAGUGGGGGUGCCCGUCUCCGUCUCCCAUUUCGACCUGCACGAAGAGAUGCUGUGGGUCGGGAACCACGGGGGUCACGCCACCUCCUUCUUCGGCCCCACGCUGGAGCGUUACUCCUCCUUCCAAGUGAACAGCAGCGACGACAUCCGCCAGAUCCAGAGCCUGGAGAACGGCGUCCUCUUCCUCACCAAAACCAACCUGAAGUACAUGUCACGAGGAGGCCUCAUCAUUUUCGACUACCUCAUGGAUGAGUCUGAGGACAUGCACAGUCUCCUGCUGACGGACACCAGCACGCUGCUCGUGGCCGGGCUGCAGAACCACGUCGUCGAGAUAGACCUCAACACCGUCCAGGAGACGCAGAAGUACACCGUGGAGGUUCCUGGCAUCACCAUCAUGAGGCAGUCAAACCGUUUCUUCUUCUGUGGGCACACCUCAGGGAAGGUCUCCCUGCGCGACCUGCGGACGUUUGUGGUGGAGCACGAGUUCGACGCCUACUCGGGCAGCUUGUCCGACUUUGACGUCCACGGAAACCUGCUGGUGACCUGCGGCUUCUCCAGCAGAAUGAACGGCCUGGCCUGCGACCGCUUCCUCAAGGUGUACGACCUGCGCAUGAUGAGGGCCACCACCCCUCUGCAGGUCCACAUCGACCCCUUCUUCCUCCGCUUCAUCCCCACCUACACCUCCCGCUUGGCCAUCAUCUCCCAGACAGGUCAAUGCCAGUUCUGUGAGCCCACCGGCCUGGCCAACCCCGCCGACAUCUUCCACGUGAACACCGUUGGGCCUUUGAUCAUGACCUUCGACGUCUCGGCCAGCAAACAGGCCUUGGCUUUCGGGGACUCGGAGGGUUGUGUCCACCUCUGGGCAGACUCCCCCGAGGUCACCUUCAACGCCUACUCCCGGGAGACCGACUUUGCCUUGCCCUGCAUGGUGGACACGUUGCCCCACUUGGAUUGGAACCAGGACCUUGUGCCACUCUCCCUCAUCCCCGUGCCGUUGACCAACGACGCCCUGCUCUCCGACUGGCCCGCUGCCAACUCCGCCCCGGCACCCCGGCGAGCUCCUCCGGUAGAUCCUGAAAUUUUACGCACCAUGAAGAAAGUGGGGUUCAUCGGCUACGCCCCAAACCCGAGGACCAAGCUCCGCAACCAGAUUCCCUAUCGGUUAAAAGAGACGGACAACGAGUUCGACAGCUUCAGCCAAGUCCCCGAGUCCCCCAUCGGGCGGGAAGAGGAGCCACACCUCUACAUGGUGGCCAAGAAGUACAGGAAGGUGACCAUCAAAUACUCCAAGUUGGGGCUGGAAGACUUUGACUUCAAACAUUACAACAAGACGUUGUUUGCGGGGCUGGAGCCCCACAUCCCCAACGCCUACUGCAACUGCAUGAUCCAGGUGCUGUAUUUUUUGGAGCCGGUGCGGUGCCUGGUCCAAAACCACCUGUGCCAGAAGGAAUUCUGCCUGGGCUGCGAACUGGGCCUGCUCUUCCACAUGUUGGACCUGUCCCGAGGAGAUCCCUGCCAGGGAAGCAAUUUUUUGCGGGCUUUCCGUACGAUCCCGGAGGCUUCGGCGCUGGGGUUGAUCCUGGCUGAUUCGGACGAAGCCACGGGGAAGGUGAACCUGGGGAGGCUGAUUCAGAGCUGGAACCGCUUCAUCCUUACUCAGCUGCACCAGGAAACCCAGGAGCAGGAGGGACCGCAGGCAUAUCGGGGGGCUGGCACCAGCAGUUUUGGGUCCUCAGGGGACUCUGUUAUCGGGCAGCUCUUCAGCUGCGAGAUGGAGAACUGCAGCAUGUGUCGCUGCGGCAAGGAAACCGUCCGCGUGUCCUCCACGCUGCUCUUCACCCUCUCCUACCCCGAGAGCACCGAAAAGCCGGUGAAAGAUUACGAGUUUGCCCAAAUUUUAAAACGAAGCAUCUGUUUGGAGCAAAACACACAAGCCUGGUGUGAGAACUGUGAAAAAUACCAACCCACGGUCCAGACCCGGAAUAUCCGCUGCCUGCCCGACGUCCUGGUCAUUAACUGUGAGGUGAACAGCUCCAAGGAGGCAGAUUUUUGGAAGACACAAGCUGAGUAUGCCUUUCAGAAAGCCAUGAUGAAGAGAGGAGGCUUUGACAUCACCAAAGGCAAAGAAAUCUCUCUUGGAGAGUGGAAGGAGCUGGGGAACCCCAACACGGGGCAUUCGUAUCCUUCCGUGGAGGAACUGAAGAACAUUUGGAUCCCUCACGCCAUCAAGAUGAAGUUGACCAAGAGCAAAGAGCUGGAUGUGUGCAACUGGAACGAGAACGAUGAGUUGAGCCCAACCGAUGACCCGGAGUCGGUGUAUAUCUAUGACCUGAUGGCCACCGUGGUCCACAUCUUGGAUUCCCGCACGGGGGGCAGCCUGGUGGGGCACAUCAAAGUGGGAGAGACCUACCACCAAAGGAAGGAGGUGAGGAACCCCGUGGGAUGGGUGUUCUCCUACCCAUAUUUUGGGCAGGAGUCGGGCACGGACGGUGUCUGUCCAGCCCUGGUGCUUCACCCCGUGGACAAGUGUGAGGCAGUGCAGUUCGACAUGAGCUGGAAGGUGCCCGCCAUCCUCUACUACGCCCGGAGGAACCUCAACGCCAAGUACAACCUCGUCAUCAAGAACCCCAUCGAGGCCAGCGUGCUGCUGGCAGAGGCCUCCCUGGCUCGUAAGCAACGCAAGUGCCACGCCACCUUCAUCCCCCUCAUGCUGAGCGAGAUGCCGCAGGCGGGCGACCUGGUGGGGCUGGACGCUGAGUUUGUCACCCUGAACGAGGAGGAAGCCGAGCUGCGCAGCGACGGGACCAAAUCCACCAUCAAGCCCAGCCAGAUGUCGGUGGCCAGGAUCACGUGCGUGAGAGGGCAGGGCCCUAACGAGGGCGUCCCCUUCAUCGAUGAUUACAUCUCCACCCAGGAGCAGGUGGUGGAUUACCUGACCCAGUACUCGGGGAUCAAACCAGGAGACCUGGACGCCAAGAUCUCCUCCAAGCACCUCACAACUCUCAAAUCCACCUACCUGAAGCUGCGCUUCCUCAUCGACGUGGGGGUCAAGUUCGUGGGCCACGGGCUGCAGAAGGACUUCCGUGUCAUCAACCUGAUGGUGCCCAAAGACCAAGUGAUCGACACCGUCUACCUGUUCCACAUCCCGAGGAAGAGGAUGAUCUCCCUGCGCUUCCUCGCCUGGUAUUUCCUGGGUGAGUGGCUGGAAUCUUUGGGAGUUUGGGACAGGUUCACUGAAUUUCACUGGAUUUUAGAGUUGGAAGGGACCAUAGAGAUCAUCUAGUCCAACUCCCCUGCUGAAGCAGGAUU